AUGGACACCUCCAAUUCUCCUCGUAUGAUAGCAAGUGAGAUCACUCCUCUGAUCCCUGCAGAGGCCCCGAAGAAGCCUAAAACACCUCUUCCAAAACUCCAGAUAUGCAUACUUAUGACGCUGCAACUUGCAGAACCCAUCGCUUCGACAUCUAUAUUCCCGUACAUCAAUCAGCUUAUCCGAGAGCUAGGAAUCACUGGGGGCGACGAUGCGGCCGUAGGAUAUUAUGCUGGAAUCAUUGAAUCUUUGUUUUUCCUCGCGCAGGCACUGACGGUGUUAAGGUGGAGCCGGCUGUCUGAUCGCAUUGGGCGCAAGCCGGUGUUGGUAAUUGGACUCUCAGGAGCCUGUAUUUCGAUGCUAUGUUUCGGCCUCUCGACGACCUUCUGGAGCCUUGUGAUCAGCCGUUGCAUGUCCGGUUUUCUGAAUGGCAAUAUGGGAGUUAUGAAGACUAUGAUGGGUGAGCUGACGGACUCCACGAAUAUGGCUCAGGCAUUUGCCUUGUUCCCGAUCGUCUGGUGCACCGGAGGCUUUAUCGGUCCAUUAAUCGGCGGAACGCUCGCGCGCCCACAAGAUAAUUGGCCCGUAUUAUUCGCCAAUCCAUUUUGGGGGAAAUACCCAUACUUUCUGCCUUGUGCAGUGGCCGCCUGUUUGUUCGUCCUGGCCCUUUUCACGAUGUCAAUCUUCUUAGAAGAAACAUUAUCAACAAAACGCCGACCAAAGUUGACAUCAGCCACGUUCGGUGCUUCAAGUAGUGGAUCACAGGCUCGACAAUCCAUGGCAGAUAUGCCCUUGCGAUCUCUGCUCACACCUACCGUUGUUAUUCCAAUUGCAAACUACGCCAUGCUCGCUUUCCUAGACGUUUCUUUCAGGGCUCUUUUGCCGCUGUUUUUUGCGACGCCUAUAUAUCUUGGUGGUCUUGGAUUUACUCCUUCGUCUAUUGGCUUGUGGCUGGCGUUGUUUGGGAUCAUCGAUGGUGUCUUUCAGGCAUUGUUCUUCGCUAAGAUAGUCGAUCGGUUUGGUCCAAAGCGUUUAUUCUGCGUGUCGGUGUCGUGCUUCGCACCAGUCAUGGUCAUAUUUCCGAUAAUGUCGUGGCUUGCAAGCGCAAGGGGGGGAGUAGAUCACGCAAUCACAUUCGCCUUGCUUUGCCAACUAGUUCUGAUAGUCACAUGGGAUAUGGCUUUUGGGACUGUCUUCAUGUUUAUCACGGCCUCCGCCCCUACCGAUACUGUCCUGGGCACUAUCAAUGGUCUUGGCCAAACCUCCGCGUCAAUGGCUCGUGCCUUCGGGCCCGCCUUGGCGACCUCGCUCUUCGCUGUAUCGAAGGAACGCAAUCUUCUCGCGGGAAAUGCAGUAUACGUUGUUUUGUUUAUGCUGGCUGGCGCAUUGAGAUGGCUGGGGUCGCAGUUGCCAGAUGAAAUGCGAGAUAGGGCUGAGUGA